GUGAAGGAAAAUGUCUCCGUUUUCAAAUAAUACUCAGAGUGAGAGGUCUUACUUCGGGUUAACACUGCAGCAGGUGAAGGAAAAUGUCUCCGUUUUCAAAGUCGCUGAGGUUUUCUCAGCGUGUAGCUGCAGCAUGUGUGCGACAACACUCCUCUCUCACAACUGAACUGAUAGAAAACAUGGAUAAGAAGGCCACCUGGGACCGCUUCUACACUGAAAGCAACAGCAAGACCACAAACUUCAAAAACUUUGAGUGGUUCUUCGGGUUCGAUGCCAUCAGAGACUUCAUUAUGCCCCUUUUGCAGACCAAGUCCAACCCAGAUGCUCUGCUCCAAAUCCUGGAUAUGGGCUGUGGCACCUCUGCUGUGGGGCCCUGUAUCUACAGACACUCUCCUGUACCAGUCCGGGUCACGUGUGCUGAUAUUUCCCCUAUAGCUGUGCGACUAAUGCAGGAACACGUCCAAUCCAAAGCCAUCCAACCUCUCAAUCUCUCCUCUCAGCUUGAGUUUGUAGAGCUGGACUGCACACGGCUUCACAAACACUUUGGUUCCCGCAGUGUGGAUCUCAUUGUCGACAAGGGCACCACAGACGCCUUGUUGAGGUCCAAAGAAGGCAAAGGGAAGGCAGGUCUGGUGCUGAAGCAGUGUUUGAAGGUGCUGCAGGGUUCAGGGAGUCUGCUCCAGUUCUCUGAUGAGGACCCUGAUGCCAGGCUGCUGUGGCUGGAGACUGAGGCACAGGAGCAGGGGUUGAAGGCAGCAGAUGUUGGGGUGCAUGAGGUUGGGGAGCUCAGGGGGGUUUGUUAUUACUGCUACCAAGUGACCCCUCGAUCAAAUAUAUAGCUAUAACUUUGGACUGUAACCCAUUAAUAAAUGAUUGAACAUGGCUUUAAAAACAUGA